AUGGCUGACACCGCAGGCAAGCAAGGCGCGACGGCGACGGCGGCCUCUUCCAGUCGCCCCGGACUUUGGACCAGGAUCACCAACCGCUUUCCGUUCCUCCAGCGCAAACGGGGCGUCGCUAUCGUGGUGAUAGCGAUUCUUGUAAUCAUUGGUGGAGGUCUUGCUGGCUUGGCUGCCUUGCGCAACCGAUCAGGAUCCUCCUCUGGCAACGCAGGCUCUGGGGGUGGGACUGGAAAUAACCCAAAUGCUGUCCAGAGCGACACCUACUUCUAUGGACAAUCCCCGGCCGUGGAGCCCUCACCCAAUAUUAGUGGAAUUGGGACUUGGGCCAAUUCUCUCUCACGGGCACAGGCGAUGGUUUCAAACAUGACCCUGGAUGAAAAGAUCAGUUUGACAGCAGGGUCGAGUAGCGAUACGGGAUGCGUCGGCUACUUGAACCCGAUCGAGCGCCUGCAGUUUCCUGGCAUGUGCUUUCAAGAUGCAGGCCAGGGAGUCAGAGCCACUGACUUUGUGUCGGCAUGGCCUGCUGGCAUUCACAUGGGCGCGAGUUGGAACCGAAACUUGUCGCGAGAGCGAGCCCUUGGCAUCUCAGCAGACCCUUACCUGUCCGGUGCCUUAGUAUUCGAGACGGUCCAAGGAGUUCAGUCAGCCGGCGUUAUUACAUCUACAAAGCAUUUUAUUGCCAACGAACAAGAGGCUCAUCGAAUGCCAAAUGGAGGCGUGCAAUCAGUAUCUUCCAAUAUUGACGACCAGACAAUGCAUGAACUCUACCUGUGCUAUACCCUGAACGGGCUCUUGAAGACAGAGCUAGGCUUUCAGGGCUUUGUCGUUUCGGAUUGGAACGCCCAGUACACAGGAGUUGCAACCUCUUUGGCCGGACUUGAUGUCGCAAUGCCCAACGCUGGCGUCUAUUGGGGACCGAAGCUAAAACAAGCUGUCACGAAUGGGAGUUUGGCUGAAUCAAGGAUCGACGAUCAAGUCACACGUCUCCUGGCAUCGUGGUACCAGUUGGGCCAAGAUCAAGGCUUCCCUACCCCUGGAGUAGGAAUACCGCAGAACCUCGCUGAGCCGCACACAAUCGUAGACGCUCGAAACUCCUCUUUCAAGUCAACACUGUUUGAUGGAGCAGUGGAAGGACACGUCCUCGUAAAGAAUACAAAGAACACUCUACCGUUGAACAAGCCGAGGAUGCUCUCUGUUUUUGGCUACUCUGCCACUCAGCCUGGCCAAUACAACAUCGAACCUCCUGGAGGAACCGUAUGGACUUUUGGUGCUGAGGCUGCCGACCCUCUCAGCGUUCUUCAAGGCUUCCUCGGAAAUCUGACAUACCCUUAUGAUCAGAUCGCUCCAAAUGGCACAUUAUUUUGCGGUGGCGGAUCAGGAGCAAAUUCAGCAUCGUUGGGCAAUUCGCCUAUGGACUCCCUCCAACAGCAAGCCAAUAGUGACGACACAGCCCUCUUCUGGGAUUUCAGGUCGGCUACCCCUAAGGUGAAUGGCGCCUCGGAUGCCUGCUUAGUGUUUGGGAAUGCGUGGGCGAGCGAAGGCUCUGAUCGGCCGGGCCUUUACGACAACUACACUGAUGGCCUGAUUAAGCACGUUGCUUCCACAUGCAACAAUACCAUCGUCGUCUUCCACAAUGCAGGUGUAAGACUUGUCGACCAAUUCGUGGACAACGAGAACGUUACAGCUCUCAUUUUUGCCCACCUUCCAGGCCAGGAAUCUGGGCGCGCCCUGGUGUCUCUGCUGUACGGGCAGUCCAAUGCGUGGGGGAAGCUACCCUAUACAGUGGCGAAAAAUGAGUCUGACUACGGCGAGCUGUUGCACCCAGCCAAGGCAGAGGGCGACUUCGAGCUCUUCCCACAGGCGAACUUCACCGAGGGUGUCUACAUUGAUUACCGGCAUUUUGACGCCAAUAACAUCGAGCCCCGAUACGAGUUCGGGUAUGGUUUGUCAUAUACGACUUUCGCGUAUGCGAACCUUGUUAUAAACCAAAACUCCACCUCGAACACAACCGAAUACCCCAGCGGUCCUAUCGAGGUGGGUGGCCAGUCCGACCUUUGGGACAACCUGGUGUCUAUCACAACUGAAAUCCAGAACACGGGGACUGUCAACGGGACUGAGGUUCCUCAGCUGUAUGUUCAGACGCCAGGGACGAAUAGACCUCGGGUGCUGCGAGGCUUCGAUAAGCCGCUGCUCAAUCAGGGGCAGACUGUCACGGUCUCGUUUGGCCUCACGCGCCGGGAUCUGAGUGUGUGGGACACGACAGCCCAGAAGUGGCUGCUCCAGAGAGGGCAGUACACUGUCUUCGUGGGCUCGAGUAGCCGAAAUCUGCCGCUGAACGGGACAUUCAACUUCUGA